AUGCCCCCGCCUGGCACGGCCAGCGCGGCAACUCUCAACACUGCAAACGGUGACAGAAAGGGUGCGAGCACGAGUACGGGCUUCCUGCCGUCGGGUCUUAGCCCACAAUACUGGUCCACCUGGGAGAUCGAUGCCAGAGACGCGCGCGGGAGCGUUGCGGAGAGUCUGGGUGAGGGGGAGGCGUGGAUUGGUGGAUGGAACGAUGUGGGCCUUUAUGAAGGCAACAACAAAGUCUCAAACUACCAGUCCAUGACGAUUCAUAUCACGACCCACCGUCUGCUCCUCGUUCCCGAUAGCGGCCCAGGCCGACCACUCCAUGCUCCACUUGCCGCUGUGCGCCAAACCGAGUUUUACACUGGGUUUAUGCGCUCAUCCCCCAAGAUCACCUUGUUUCUUGGACGCGUCCCCGUCGUGGACCAGAUCACAAAGGGAGCAGUCAACCUUGACACAAGCUCUCCUGCGGGCGCGUCCACCCCAGCUAGGUCGUCCAGCACACCAGCUCCGUCCACGACGACAGGAGGCGAGCAAGUGGUCGUGUCACAGACAUGGAUCACCCCCGCCCCUGCACCAGCGGAUAACUGGACUUGCGGCGUGUGUGGAUUCUCCAACGCGCUCCUUCCCGGCCAGAACCUGUCCCCGGCCACCAAAUGCCAACUGUGCGGCGUCAACUAUGCCAUGAGCAAGACCAUGUCCCUGCCUCCCAGCCGAACUGCUACACCGGUCGCAGCCAGGAGUGCGGCGCCAUCGCCUUGGUCGUCUUCGACCGCGUCGUUGCCUCAACCUUCUCAACCUACGACAGCACCUGCACCUCUUCAAUCAGCACCACCACUGGAGCCGCCGCCUGUGCCAGCUCAAAUUGCAUGCCCCGCAUGUACAUUCCUCAACCACACCAGUAUGAAGACUUGUGAAAUGUGCGGCACCCCUCUCCCUCGACCGUCGUCGACAUCGAAACGCACGCCCGCGACACAAGCCUCGCUCUCCACCACAGACAGACACGAUGUCGUCCGCCUGAGUUUCCGCAAAGACGGCUCAAAGGACGCAUACCGAAAACUCAAGGGGGUGCUGAGCGACAAAGUGUGGGAGAGGGUGGCUGCUGGUCCUGCACGCAAAGUGACAAGCGACGAGAACAGGCCUGGAGGAGGUAUUGAUGCCAUCAUGAAGUCGAUCUCAUUGGACGCGCGUGCCCACGACGAAGGGAUGGUAGACGCGUUCCGGGACCUGGAGAUUCUAAUGGUUCGCGCAGGCGAAAUGGUCCGACUCGCGCAAUCGCUCAAUGCCAAACUCUCUUCUGCAUCGGGAGGGACCUCGGAUGAAGAAGCGACGUUGGUGCGCUCCUCGUUGGUCCGGCUCGGCCUGCCAGCCCCGGCCUUGACGCAGGACAUGGUCCGCGACGAGCGCGCAUACCUCGACGGCCUGGCGCGCGAGCUCGGAGGUCUCUUGACUGGAAAACGGAAGGGAAAGGGCAAGGUCGGCGCAGCAGAAGACGACGACGCAUUGAUGAUGCGGCCGGGCCACGGCGUCAUUGGACUCGACACCGUAUGGGGUCUGUGGAUGCGCGCCCGUGGCGUCGCGCUUUUACCCCCUGCCACACUCGUGUCCCUCCUCUCGCUACUGCCGCAACACACCAACCCGGCCAUCCGGGCCAUGAACCUGCCCUCGGGGUUGACGGUCCUGUACGCCCCGCUGUAUGCUCCCUCGGUGCUUCUCCACCGCUUGGUUAAGCGCAUGACACCUGACCCAGGAGAGGGUGGCGAAGGCGAGCCGCAAGGUCUAGGUGCCGAGGUGGGGCUGUCCAUCAUCGAGAUUGCUGCUGUGGAAGGGUUGCCGAUUGGGUUGGCGACCGAGAUGGUGGACAUGAUUGCCACUCGCGCCGUGGCCAGUGGGGCGAUGGGGAUCGUGAGGGACGACCAGGCAGGUCCACGGGAGGGUGGAGUAAAGUGGUAUCGCGAUAUCAUUUCUGGCUGGCCUCUGGGUGCGGUCGAGGCGACGUAG